UUCAGACAAUAUUGUGAAGUAUUGCCAUUGACUGUUGAACUCGAAUUUCCUGGUUACAGAAAAAAUUGUGUCAAAUAUUCCUCUUUGGUCGAUUUUUGAUUGGGGGCUUGCCAAAGAUGGAUAUCCUAUGGGUAAAGCAUGAAAAGUAUGCAAAGAGUGCGGAGAAAAAAAGGGGGCUCAUUCACUGAAUCGAACACCUGAUCGCGUGAGAGGAGAACCAAUUAAAUUUGCAAUCACGUGUAUUUUGGUUUGAUUCAUUGCUUUGUCAGUCAUGAGUUGACAUUACUAUUAUGCAAUCUAAGUUUACAUUUUUCUUACAAUUCCUAUCACGUGCUUCAUAAAGAACCCCUGUAGCCUUUAGGCGAUGUUAUUUCUAUUUCAAAGUUGACAAACUACCUGAUUUCUAUCAGGCCGAUUUUUUUCGUUAAGCUCAUCGAUAGUUUUGACAGUUUAAUAAGAUUAAGAGUUAAAAGCUUACAUUUUUAUUUUAAACUCACCCUAAAAAGAGAAAGUUGACUAACGUUGCCUGGUUUGGAUCACUUAUAAAUAAUUUCUUUAGAUUUAAUUGUCGAGUAAUCAAGAACAGGAAACCGAUUGGCGUGACAAAACGGACGUAGCAAUGACUGACGUCAUUGAUCGGACCAUGACAAACUUCGCUGAUUAAAACUCUGCGUGAAUUAACGAUUACAAGAGUGUGGUUUUUCUCGGGGCAGGCGAACAUCUUGGCGUGAUUACGGUGAAAAAUGUUCGGAUGACGCUUUUCCUUUUGCGAGUAACUCUCUGCAAAAAUGGAAACUUUGUAAGUGAGCUAUAUGCGGCGAACUUUUGUUUUUAAAAGAUGGUUGUCAUGAUUUCACGUUUUUCCGAAAUCUGCUGCACUUCGGCGCAAUACUCAAUGAAAGACAAUUUUACAAUAUUUAUACUACAGCGAUGGAUCCCCAGAUCAACAGACUCUUACUAAGUGCAGAACAGGGGAACUUAGCAGUAGUUUCAGCGCUUUUGGAGAAAGGUAUUCACGUUGAUUCGACUGACGACGAAGGGGUGAAUGCGCUCCAUACCGCUUCGGCGAACGGGUAUGAAAAAGUUGUGCGUUUGUUGUUGUCACGAGGCGCGAGUUUGGAAGCGAGAACUAUUUAUGGUUGGACGGCUCUCAUGCUAGCCGCCUAUUACGGACAUUACAUGGUCUGUUGGAUUUUAAUACAAAACAAAUCGGACAUAUAUGCUCGAAAUGAGCUCGGUUCCACGGCUUUGGACUGUACCGUUCGAAGUGGUCACGUACAAAUCGCUGGUUUGUUGAUCGAGGCAAGCCAGGUGAAUGGGCAGGUUGAGGGACUGCCGCUAUGUCUUGAUACACCUCUGAUGAACGCAGCUCAACACGGCCACGAGGCGUGUCUAAAAUUGCUUCUUGAAAAGGGGGCAAACGCAAAUUGUAGACAAGAAACAACAGGUUGGACAGCGUUGAUGUUGGCUGCUUUGAAUGGACACAUGACCGCGGCUGAAAUCUUGGUGGAAUUCGGCGCAAACCCAAAUGCGGUCAAUGAUCUCGACCAAACUGCUCUUGAAAUCGCUGCACUUCGCCAAAAGACCGAAGUACAAGGAUACUUGGACGAAAUUACUUCCAAGAGACCCCAAAUUAAAGGUCAAAAGUUUGUUAAACCAAGUAUUAUUGAAACAGCAAGGAAUGGUAACUUUAUAUCUGUCAGAGAUUUAUUGGACCAAGGUGAAGUUGAUGUUAAUGCCACAGAUGAUGAUGGAGCUACUCCCCUGAUGUAUGCUGCAAUGGGUGGACACCUUCCAUCUGUACAGUUACUGAUACAAAAUGGGGCUGACAUUGACAAGCAAGACAAGGCCAGUGGAUGGACAGCAUUGAUGCAAGCAACUUACUAUGGGCAUAGAGCUGUUGCUAAGCUACUGAUUGAUGCUGGAGCCAAUGUGAAUAUUCAGGAAAAAAAUGGCUGCACUGCUUUUGACAUGGCUACCGUUAUAGGUGAUACAGAAAUCUUGCGUCUUUUAGCUUCUGUGAGCAUGCAUACGCCAAAACGUUAUUACAGCUCAUCAAAUUUGUAUGGAAGAAAGGGGAAGGGGGAUGGAAAGGGGCCUGUCUAUGAAAUGAACAAAGGUGUAGCUAAUAUGGAGAGUGACUUCACUACAGAUACUGGAAGGAAGAACUGGUGGUCUAAAAUGUCCAGCAGAUUUCGGCACCUUAAUAUCAAGCGCACUCUCAAAGUGUCUUCAUCAGGCAGUAAGCUGCGCAUAUCACCUGCCUCAAAUAGUAUGGAGAGCCUAUUUGAUAGUGACUCUGGUCAGGGGUCUUCAUUCAGUCAUGUUAGUGAUGGUUCCGCAAUUACUUUGAAGUCACUGGAUUCAGUUAUUAUGGAAUCUGGGUUGAAAGGCACACAGCUUAAUCAGAAAAGACCACCCACACUGGCACUUGUGUCGCAUAGCAACAAACUGACAGAUGAUGUCAUCAGUCCUGUUUUGCCUCCAAUUUUUCCUUCCCCCACAUUUGAAUUACCCAGAAUACAACGGCAGCAGCACAGUAACACUCUGGAUGAUCCAUCUUUACCUGAAAGGCCUAGCAGUGUCAGUGCAUAUCCAGCCUAUAAGUCACUCAUGUCUCCAACAUUGGUGAAAAGUAAGAACUUUACUGGAAGUCCAGAAUCCUCAUAUUCCACAGCAAGCUUUUACUCAUCAGCAUCCAACAACUCAGAAUCAAGGACACUAAAGGCAAUUAGUCCUGCUGUUGACUUGUCAUUUAGCCCUAUGUCUGCCAUGUCAUCGUCACUUUGGCACAAAGCAGGGAGGGGAACGGCUGCCAGUCCAACCCCAACUGUCAUGACAGUCAGAUCAGCGCCAGUUGAGAGAAUAACUUUGCGUAAAGAAUUAAGUUAUUCUUCUCUUCAAGGCCAUGCUGAUGAUACAAGCAGAUCAUUUUCAUCUUAUGCAAGAGAUCAUUAUUCCCAUAGAGAUACAUUCAACCAUAGUGAAGGUGAUGUAGAAAAUUUGCUAAAUAAAUUAUCAUUGGAGAAGUACCAACCAAUUUUUGAGGAACAAGAGGUUGACAUGGAGUCAUUUCUAACCUUGAGUGAUGGAGAUCUAAGUGAACUUGGAGUAACAAGGAAGGAUGCCAGACAACAAAUCCUUACAGCCAUUGCGGAAAUCAAAAGCAGCAAGGAUCGUGAGAGGCAGCAUUUGCAUGAAACUUUGUCAAGUUUCCAGGGGAGCAAAUCACAUGGUACAAGUGGUUAUAGUUCUGUCUCUCCUUCAGCCAGUGCAAAUCUUUCAAAUUGGCCUUUGAAGCAGCCACCUUAGAGACAAACAGAAGUGUAAAUUAAAUAGAGGAUAUUACAUGGACAUGUGUGGAUACAAAUUUGAUCUUGGAGUGUUUGUGAUAUCUCUUGCGAGUGAGCAAAGGACAGGCUUAAUUGAGAGAUAUUGUCAACUCUAUGAAAUAAAUUCAUAUCUGCAAGUGGAGAUGUAAAUAUGUAUAUCUUAUUAACCAAGCACGAGGGCCAUACUGGGAGAAUAUCAGCCCGAGGUCUUGACAGUAC